AUGAGCAGCGCAAGUAUGCACAGGCGCACGGUUUUACGGUUCCCGCGCCGAGUCGAUUUAUAUUCGACCCCCUCCUCGGCCCUCGUUAGUCGGUCCUUUCGAUCGUCCGCUAUCCGAUUGAAUUCUGCUGGUUCUGGCUCUGGCGAUGGAGAUGGAACUGCUUCGAGCUCAUCGGCUCCAGCUCCCAAGUUUGGGAAUCGAUGGGGCCCGAAAUUAGUAAGUAAACCGACGGGGUUGAGUGCCGCUGAGCAGUCGUUACGCGAUUCCCUCAAAGCUGCAAGUCAACCACCUCCCAAACCAGAACAACCAAAACAACCAAAACACCAAUCUCGAGAACGAAGGCCAUUUGAGAGGCAUCCGGGGGCUACAAGGAAUGGCCCAGGUGACCACUCACUCAGAUCCCACGACAAGCCGACCUCAUUCCGACGAGAUCGUGUUCGCGAGCGACAUGAGCGUGAGCAGAAUGGACAGUUCCCCCGAAACCAAAGACAAACACAAGAGAGGAGAGACAACGAUUGGACGUGCAAGUCAUGUAAUGGUCAUGUCUUUGCUAAGCAUGUCGCUUGUCCAUUCUGCAGUGCUCCUCGACCGGAUGUCGCCCGCCGACGCGAACCGCAGACUUUUUGGAAGGACAGAGCACCCACUGGCCGGAAAGGGUUUGGCAAAGACACUUCUCCGGAUGCAACGACCAUGAAGUACCGGGGACUGAAGGAUGAGCUAGAGGAAUCGAAGGCCGACGAAAAGGAACAACAACAACCGCUUGAUGCUGUAUCAGAGGCAGAGGCGAAGCUGGAAAGACAAAAAAGGAAGGAGGAGAGAUUAAAGGCAAAGGAGGAUCAGUGGAACUGGGAUAUGUCUGCUUUGGAGAAGCUGGAAGCCAAGGAAGCCCUAGAGCAAGCGGCCUCAUCCAAGAAGCCCGGACGCAAAGGUCAACGACCGUCCCAGUCCGAGGGAGACGAUUUUGACCCAGAAGAGCAUGAACGACUUCGCGAUGAACGCAAGCGGCUCAAGAAGGCCAAGGCAGACAAGAAGAAGGGGAGAUCUGCAAAGGUCGAAGCAGCUCCCACGCCCAUCUACCUCCCCGAGUUCAUCAGCGUCAGCAACUUGGCCGACGUCGUUGGUGUACGCCCCAAUCUAUUCGUGCAGCGGAUGGAAGAAAUGGGCUUUGAAGAUGUCAUGUACAACCAUGUUUUGGACGCGGAGACUGCUGGCUUAGUGGCCGCAGAGUAUAACUUCGAGGCUCUUUUUGAUACAGAGAACCCCGACCUUCAGGCUGCACCGACUACUAUCCUGGACUGGUUGCGUAAGUCAUCAGUCGCGGCCACUGAACACGGUGGUAUCACCCAGCACAUUGGUGCCUUCUCGGUGCCAAUGCCUUCGGGAAAAACGAUCACCUUCCUCGACACUCCUGGUCAUUCUGCGUUCUUGGAAAUGCGCCGCCGUGGUGCCGAUGUUACCGAUAUUGUCGUCCUUGUUGUGGCCGCCGAUGAUAGUGUCAAGCCGCAGACCAUCGAGGCUAUCAAGCACGCAACCCAAGCUAAUGUUCCAAUCAUUGUCGCAAUGAGUAAGAUUGACAAGGAGGGUCGCGACCCCGACCGAGUCAAGCAGGAUCUUUCUAUUCACGGUGUCCACGUGGAAGACUACGGUGGUGAUGUUCAGGCCAUUGGAGUGAGUGGUAAGACUGGCGAAGGAAUGAUUGAAUUGGAGGAGGCGAUCGGCGCCUUGUCCGAGAUGCUCGACCACCGUGCCGAUACUGCAGGCAAUGCAGAGGGUUGGGUUCUCGAAGCGACCACCAAAAGCUAUGGCCGUGUGGCAUCUGCUCUUAUCCGUCGUGGUACCCUGCGCACUGGUGAUGUUAUUGUUGCCGGUGAAACGUGGGCUCGUGUCCGUACACUUCGCAAUGAAGCCGGCCUUGCCAUUGAAGAAGCCACCCCCGGCAUGCCUGUUGAGAUUGAUGGCUGGAGAGAUCAGCCAGCGGCUGGCACCGAGAUUCUCCAAGCCCCCACUGAACAAAGAGCCAAGGAGGUCGUGGAGUACCGCCAGGAUCGCUCCGACAACAAGAAGCUGGGCGAAGACAUGGAAGCCAUCAACGUUGCCCGACGAGAGGCUCUUGACAAACGCAGACUUGAGGAUAUGGAUUCUGACGAGGCAGCUACCAAAACGGCAGAGCCCACUGGCCCUAAGCCAGUAAACUUCAUCAUCAAGGCUGACGUCGACGGCUCCGCCGAGGCAGUUCUGAACUCGAUUGCCGCCAUCGGAAACAAUGAGAUCUACGCCAACGUGAUCCGCUCUGGAGUUGGUCCCGUGGGAGAGUUCGAUAUCGAACACGCUGCCAGCGCCAAUGGUAUCGUAGUCUCCUUCAACAUGCCCAUCGACAAUAAUUUGAUGCGUAUGGCUGAGAUGGAGGGAGUCCGAAUCAUGGACCACAACAUCAUCUAUAAGCUCAUCGACGACGUGAAAGCCAACCUCAGCGAGCAUCUUCAGCCAACAGUCACCCAGCGUGUGACUGGUGAAGCCGAGAUCGGACAGAUCUUCGAGAUCACCCUCAAGGGUCGCGAGAAGAUUGCGAUCGCGGGAUGCCGUGUUCGUAACGGUAUGGUUCAGAAAUCGCGGAAGGUCCGAGUGACCCGUAACGAUGAAACCAUCUUCGACGGUACCAUGAACUCCCUCAAGAACGUCAAGAAGGAUGUCACCGAAAUGCGCAAAGAUACUGAGUGCGGUAUUGGAUUCGAGGGCUGGACUGACUUCGCGGUUGGCGAUCAUGUCCAAUGCUAUGAAGAGAUCUUUGAAAAGCGUUAUCUCUAA